UUGACGGCGGAAAAAGGGCGGAGCUUCUGCUAGGGGCAGUCAAUGAGGGGCAGUCGAUGAUUUGGCAUUUGCAUUAUUAAUACAGCAGGAUACAUAGCUAGAGAGCACUACUAUAUCUAUACCUUCGUACCCCCAAGUAACAACAUCAAGCAGCAUUUUCUGUCCGAGCUCAUCCUCUCCGAGCUCAGUUUCUUUCUCAAACGCUUCACUGUCUAUCAACCUCAACACUCUACCACAAUACUUCAUCAUGGCUCCUAUUCGCUUCACGUCAACCCCAACCUCAGCCGCCCCUCUGGCGCAGCCCCUGAAGUAUUCCUUCUCUGGCCGCACGGCGCCCAAUCGGCUCCUCAAAGCCGCCAUGUCCGAAUCUAUGUCUUCCUACACCCCGGAGAACCACAGCACCCAUGGCAUUCCCUCGAACGAGUUGGUCAAGCUCUACGAGGCUUGGGGAGAGGGCGGGUUCGGGCAGAUAUUAACUGGCAACGUAAUGCUAUUUGACGAUCAGCUCGAGGGGCCGAAAAACGCGAUUAUUCCGCAAGAUGCCGAGUUUGAAGGGGAGAGGUUUGAGAAGUUCAAGGCGAUAGCUACGGGUGCGAAGAAACACGGAAGUUUGAUAGUGGCACAAGUGAGCCACCCGGGACGCCAAGUGGAGGCGAAAGUCAAUCCGCAUCCCAUUAGCGCAAGCGAUGUAGCUAUAGCAAACAAGAAAUUGGGUCGUGUCUUCGCCAAACCCCGCCCAGCCACAGAAUCCGAGCUCGCAGAAAUCGCCUCCGCCUUCGGCCACGCCGCUGAGUUCCUCGAUAAAGCCGGCUUCGACGGCAUAGAGCUACAUGGCGCACACGGCUACCUCAUCGCCCAGUUCCUCUCUCUUACAACCAACAGGCGCACCGACAAGUACGGCGGAUCUCUGGCGAAUCGCAUGCGCUUCCUGCUCGAAAUCGCCGCCGCGAUCAAGAAACGCGUCUCGUCCAGCUUCAUCCUCGGUGUCAAGAUCAACAGCGUCGAGUUCCAGGACCACGGCUUCACGCCCGACGAAGCAACCCUCCUCGUCACUGAACUCGAGAAAGCAGAGUUCGAUUACGUCGAGCUGAGCGGCGGGACCUACGAAAGCAUCCUGGAUACGUUCAGGCAUAAGCGCGAAAGCACCCGCAUCCGCGAGGGCUUCUUCGUCGACUUCGCCGAGCAGAUCUGCAAGCCGCUGACCAAGACGAAGGCGUAUCUCACCGGCGGUUUCAGGACGACGGGCGCGAUGGUGAAGGCGCUCGACACGGGCGUGGAUGGGAUUGGGUUGGGGCGGCCGACCUGUCAUGAACCGUUGACGUUUGGAAAGGAUUUGCUAGAGGGGAGGAUUAGUGGCGCCAUUAAGGUGCAAUUGGAUGAUGGGGACUUCGCGUCGACGGCAGCGGCGGGGGCGACUAAUAUGAAGUUGGUGAGUGAGGGGAAGGAGGUGUUGGACUUUAGUAAUGAGGACUUUGUGAAGUCGUGGAGGGGGGAGUUUGCAAAACUGAUGGAGGCGGCAGGGGUCGCGCCUCAGAAGGGAGAGGAAGAGGUGGUGAAAGCAUGAUUGGAGUGGAGCAGAAGUUAUUGGGAAGGAUGAUUGAGAGGGAUGCUGCGGUGGAAGUAUGAUUGGAGUGGGGCGGAGAUGAACGGGAGGGUG